UAACUUUUCGCUCAUUUCCUUUCGUUUCUUUCCUCCUCCUCUCUCCUUACCUGUUUCCCAAUGCUGCGACUCAGCAGAGCGCCGAUCGGCAUGGGCAGCAGCCAAGGCCAGAGUGCUGCUGUUGCUGUUGUUGCGUGUGCCUCUGCCGCAGUUGCCGCUCGUGCCUUGUCCUUGUAUGGGGGACGGGCAGCCGUUCGCCGAACGCUGUACAAAGGCAAGGAGCACGCUCAGCAAACGAGCCAGGAGCGGAACGCACACGCACUCGACGCCCAGACGCAGCAGGAGCAGUACCAAGCACGCACCAGCAAACCCAAGCAGGAGCAGCAGCGGCAGCAGCAGCCCAAGCAGCCUGAGCAGCAGCCGCAGCAGCAGCAGCAGCAGCCCAGACCCUUCGCUCCCUCCUCGUCGUACCAAGAGCGACUCAGCAGCGGGUUACGCCGUCGCCAGGCCGGGGCUGAGGCAGAGCAGUUUGGCCGCAACAAGACGUCGUUCAUGACUGGCGUGCAUGGUCUGGCGACCCCGUCGUCGCUGCCCCAGCGCAAGCACCCUCUCUACCGCAUGUUCAAUGAGGAGGAUCAGAAAGAAGAAGCGGAACGCGAGGCGAUCGAGCGCGACGCCAAAGCGCGUGCUGCAAAGCACCAGUUCGUGCUCCCUCGCCAGCGCCAAUUUGUUCCGUACCAACCCAUCAACCGCAACGCUGAGGAUGUUGCUGCAGCCAAGCCACACGUCUUUGCUUCGAACUAUGUCAUGGAUGACUAUGCACGCACAAUGAUUGUCCGUCUGUACAAGUCCGAUCCGCGAACCUGGACUCUGCGUGCGCUCUCGCAGCGUUUCAACAUUUCUCGCAACCGCGUGCAGGCCAUUCUGCAACUCGCUGCUCUUACGCCAAAGCCCUUCACUGCGAGCCUUGACACUGAGCCGUGGAUUCCGCACGACCUGGACCACUUUCGCGCCGACAGUGCGUGGAUUCCUGGCGACAUGCUCCUGAACACGCCUGCGUUUUUGAAGGCAGUGGCCAUCAACGCGCUAAGAGACAUGCGCGAGCUCGGACACAGCAUCGGCGAUAUUCCAGCGCUUCACAAGGCUGUUGAGAGUGGCAACACGGAGCGCGUGCAAUCCCGCUUUGAUCGCGACGACCGGUUUGCGACCGACCUGCUGGUCGAGUUGUACGAAAAGCACGCCAGCACCUUGCCUCCGUUGCGCGAGGUCGCACCGCGGCUGAACGACCACAUCACCCCACCCAAGCUUGAUUUUACGACCACAUCCGACUUGCCCACCUCCUCGGCGGUACUUCUCCGAGUCUCGGACCCAGCUGCCAUCUCCUUCACCAAUUUCUGGCCUUCCAGCACACUUGGCAACGCUGCCGAUUCCUCCGAGUGGGAAGACAUCCACUCGUUCGAGGAUUCUGACUCUCCAGACGAAGUCGCUGAAGCAACCAGCAACGUUGAUCCGGAGAGCGCAGAAGCCGAUCUGGAGAGCGAGGAAGCCUGUCUGGAGAGCGAGGAAGACGUCGAAGCCGAGCACGAACUUCUGGGGAGUCGCCCCGUGGUUGCCAACAUGGAUGCCGAGCAACUCACUGAAAUUGAGGAGAUGGAGGAGGACGACAUGCACUUUAUGGUUCAGCUGGAGCGCAACAUGCGCGAUGUGCGACUAGCACACGCCCGCCGCUACGGCAACACACUGGAGCCGCACAGCUUUGCCCCGCUCAACGACACGAGCACCUUGCCUCCAGGCGCGGACGGGCGCAACAUUGACUAUGUCUCGUAUCCCUCGUUCGUGCUUGCCGAUGACGCCUCGUUUGUUCAGACCGUGCGCGCGGCCAGCAACCCUCGCCCAAUCAGCUUUGCGGAAGACCACGACUUUGCCAACCCGCUAAACCUCCAGUCCCAAACACUCGCAACGCGCGCCCUUGGUGCGCACCGUCAUCCCAUCACCUUUGUCAAUACUAGCAAGCGUCAAGAUAAGAGGCGGCGCGAGUGGCGACAGUACAAUCCCGAGACAGAGGCGUACGUCCCUGAUUUCCGUGCCAGGAAGCGCAUUACAAUUGCAGAGCGCGAUGGCUCGCUCCGCACCGCAACUGGCAACGAGGCUGUGGUGGCACAACAUCUUGUCUACCCGGCCUUCCGCCGCACUCUGCGCUCCGUUUUGCCAGCCAACUUGCCCCACCCUGACGAUCUGCCAGUGGCUUAAACAGUUCCGUGUAGUGGAUGACAGUUUGUAUUUGUUUUCUCGCUCUCUCGCUCUCUCGCUCUUUCUCUCUCUCUCUCUCUCUCUUUCUCUGUCUCUUUUAUCUUCCUCUCCACCUCUUCUUCUUUCCAAUGUACUGUUUCCUUCCAAGCCGUAUUGUGCUGAUUGCCCGUUUCCAACAACUCCGUACCGUGUCAAUUGCCAAUACAUGCUCACCAGAACCGUUCAAAAAUCCUGA